AUGGCGGGUCCACCAGCUCCACCUCCACCUCCACCUCCUCCUGUAUUAGCUGCACCAGGCGGUAAUAAUGCCCCUAAACCAGCAGUUUCUGUAAUGCAAGGACGUGAUGCUCUAUUGAAUGAUAUUAAAAAGGGUAAAUCACUGAAGAAAGCUGAGACAAAUGAUAGAAGUGCACCUUCAUUAGGAUCAAGCGGCUCUCAUUCAGGAUCAUCCGUUCCAAGUUCGGCACCUUCUGCCCAUUCUUCUGGUGCUCCCCCUGUUCCAGCAAUGAUGGGAGGUCCACAAUUGGGAGAUAUACUAGCCGGUGGAAUUCCAAAACUAAAACAUAUAAGUAAUAAUAGCAGUGGUUCAAGUCCUGUACCUUCAGGUGCCCCUCCGAUCCCAGGGAUGUCUGCUCCUUCUGCUCCAUCAAUUCCAGUAAAAGCUGCUCCCUCUGCUCCAGCAAUUCCAUCAAAUAGUGCACCUGCUGUACCAGGGAUGUCUGCUCCCUCGGUUCCUUCAACUAGGCCAAAAUUGCCUUCCACAAGACCUCCUAGGGGAUCACAUAAGACUACUUCAUCAAUAUCUAGUACAAUAAGCUCGGCACCAACAAUACCCAGCGCGCCAUCCAUACCAGGAGUUCCUCAUCCUUCAACAGCAGCGACAACAGCAUCUUCCAUACCACAACCGCCUAGUACAAGUGCACCUGCAGCUCCAAGCAUCCCAACUUCAGCACCUCCGCUGCCAUCAUCUCCUCUAUCUGCUCCACCACCACCUCCUCCUCCACCAAUGGGCAAUAUACCUGCUCCUCCAUUGCCAACAUCCUCACCAACUGCCCCUCCACCUCCACCACCUAUGGCCAGUGCUCCGGCUGCCCCACCUCCACCUCCUAUGGGAAGUGUUCCUGCUCCACCUCCUCCACCAACAAUGGCAAGUGCACCAUCUGCACCACCUCCUCCUCCUAUGGGAGCAGCUCCAGGUAUAACUUCUUCAAAAAGUGCACCAGCUCCAGGUGGUCCACUUCCAUUCUUAUCUGAAAUCCAAAAUAAAAGAGAUGAUAGAUUUGUAGUCUCUGAAGAAUCUAGAUACACUACCAAGUCGGCGCAACCAAGUGUAGGCGGUGGAGAAAGUUCGGGACCUCCUUCUGCUCCCUCUAUUCCUCCACCAUCUAGCGGUAAUUCCUUCUUGAGUGAAAUAGAAUCGAAAUUGAAACAUAACCAUGCUCCUACCCCAUCGAUACCAUCCGCAUCUGCACCUUCUAUUCCUACCGGAGGAGCACCGCCAGUUCCAUCUGCACCAGUUCCAUCUGCUUCUCUACCACCACCAAUGGGCAAAAUGCCUGCUCCUCCAUUGCCAACAUCCUCACCAACUGCCCCUCCACCUCCACCACCUAUGGUCAGUGCUCCGGCUGCUCCAGCUGCCCCACCUCCACCUCCUAUGGGAAAUGUUUCGACUCCACCUCCUCCACCUCCUAUGGGAAGUGUUCCUGCUCCACCUCCUCCACCAACAAUGGCAAGUGCACCAUCUGCACCACCUCCUCCUCCUAUGGGAGCAGCUCCAGGUAUAACUUCUUCAAAAAGUGCACCAGCUCCAGGUGGUCCACUUCCAUUCUUAUCUGAAAUCCAAAAUAAAAGAGAUGAUAGAUUUGUAGUCUCUGAAGAAUCUAGAUACACUACCAAGUCGGCGCAACCAAGUGUAGGCGGUGGAGAAAAUUCGGUACCUCCUUCUGCUCCCUCUAUUCCUCCACCAUCUAGCGGUAAUUCCUUCUUGAGUGAAAUAGAAUCGAAAUUGAAACAUAACCAUGCUCCUACCCCAUCGAUACCAUCCGCAUCUGCACCUUCUAUUCCUACCGGAGGAGCACCGCCAGUUCCAUCGGCUCCAGUUCCAUCGGCUCCAUCAGCUCCUCCUCCACAUACAAUAAGUCAUACCGCUACUUCUGCUCCUCCACCUCCACCUUUUGCCAAGGCACCACCUGCCCCAUCAAUUCCAUCUGCACCUGCCCCUGCUCCUGUAAUUUCACACUCUCCAGUAGCUCACUCAGCUCCAGCUGCCCCUCCUCCUCCACCUAAUACAGCACCACAACAUCCCCAAACCCAAAACAAUAAGCCCUCCGUUGAGACUCCAUCCACCAAUCAAGAAAUGGCAGAUAUCAGACAAAGAAUAUUUUCAUCUGGUUCAUCUAACGCCACAUAUAAUAUAAAUAAGCAUACUAAUACAGUUGAGGUUGAUGUUGGUGAAAUAACAAUUAAUGGAUCCAAUGAUUCAUCUGGUGUAAAACUUAAUGCUGGCAAAAUCACUAUUAAUGAUUCACGUUUUAAGUGGGUUAAUGUUUCACAGAUGCCUAAACCUAGAGCUUUCCAAGGUAAGACGAAACUUUAUCCUAGUGGUAAGGGAAGUAGUGUUCCAUUAGAUCUAAGUCUUUAUAGUUGA